AUGCUGAUACAUUUCAUUUCCUUGGAUAUUUUUCUUUCUUAUAUACUUUCAUAUCUUGCUUCUUGGUGUUCGGAUCUCGAUACAAGACUGCAUUACUUUCUUAUUCUCGCCAGAGGCGAGGACUCCGCUGCAUUGGAUAGCAUUGCUUACAAUAGCGCGAUCAACCUGGUUGUUGGCGAGUGCAUUCGAGCGGGCGCGGAAACACAAAAAGGGGUUCUGCUUUUCUCGUUCUUUUCUCCAUCUGGUGAUCUAGGCCCAUUUCCCUUGGACUUCCGGACUUUUUCUUCUCUUUUAUUUUUCUUUCUUUCUUGUCCGGUCAUAUAUUUUGUUCUUUGGGGCACCUCUUUCUUUUUUGUUUCCUUUUGCUAUACGCGACUCGACUUAGGAAGGCAUUGGGUUUACCAGUGUUGCCAGGCUGGUUGA